AUGGAAAGCAUCUCUAGCAACGCAAGACCGCAGAACAGCCGGGAAGAUGCCACAAAGCGUCUUUUCAAGUCGAUCUAUGAACAAUUUCUAAAAGACGGCCUUGCGCCAGACGCAGCCUGCGCCAAGGCGAUCCAGGAGCUGAAGAACAGGACUAAAGAUGUCAAUCGAAAUCCUUCGAAGGCUGGCCCAUCUGGAGGGGAACAUGUUCCAAUGGAAAGUGAUUCCGCAGGAACUGUCAGCGGCGAAAAUCGUGUUCAAAAAGAGUGGCCAAAAAUAGAAUUGCCAUUGCCGAUUUUCUAUGCGAGCGAAUUGAUAAAUCGCCUUCCCGAGGCUAAAUACUAUAAGACUCACGUGACUUACUCGUUUCUUCAAGAGCCCAAAAGCUCAUCAGAGGUGGAUUGGGACGGGCUUAGGCGAUUCUACGAUGCAGUAGAGGAGCAAGGAGGAGCAGCGGAAAGGGCUGUUGUUAGAGCUAUAAGAGAAUUUCGCUGGAAAAUGUUCGCGAAAGACAAUAGAAGUCUCGAAAACUACGAAAGUGUGGUAAUGACUUUUGUCAAUCCGCACAUUGCAUCUCCCGCGUACUUGGAAAACGCUCUGCCGGAACUUUGUGAAACUCUUACUGAUAACAUCCCAGUCGCACUUGAGAGCGAGGAGAACUGUGAAGAGUCAAAACUAGUAAAAGCGUUCGCGAAAUUAAAUAGCCAAGACCUUCUUCAAAUUGUUCAAAAUCUUCAACAAGCGAUCACCAUCAGAUGCGUCGAGAUUGACACGGAUCGAGACGUGCACAAGGACGCCAAGAUCAUUAGCUACGUGCGUACCAUGAGGUACCUAUUUCUAGCAGCGCUAGUGGACCCGGAGCCAAUGCUUGACUGGAAAGCAAAUCUCCAAUCCAACCUCGACAUCGUCAAUUCAUCGUCAAGUCAGGAGCAAACUGAAAAUAAUGAGAUGGAUGUGGAUGCUCCUGCAGCAGAAGCAGCUGAAAACAGAAACAACGGAGGUCUAAAUGAGCAAACAGAGGAUGAACGCGUUAUUGACGAACUUCUGCGGAGCAACUUGCUGAAUCAAGUCGCUUCUGGCGGGACAAUGACCGAUCCGCUGUGCAAGAAACUCGGCGUAAAUUGGAUCAGCGUGAAUCGCCCGAAAAUACCUUACUCUGAGUUUGUCAAUGAAGUCAUCAAUAAUGCGCUGCGAGUCGAAAGGGAUUUCAUCAAUCUGAGGUAUCCAGACGGACUUUUCGACGAAGCAGAAGAGGACGACACUCGUUUUUCAUUCUUCCAUCAUCCCUUUAUGCUGAAUACGGAGCGAAAGACGAGCUUUUUGUUUUACGACUCGAGGGAGAAACAAGUCAUGAUCAGGAGAAACGUCGAAUUUCUUGGAGCGAUGAGAGAGCUGCCUUUUUUGAUCAUAAACGUCUCCCGAAACAAUAUCAUCCAAGACACACUUUUGCAGCUGGAAAUGGUGAUUCAAGAUGACCCAGCAGCGCUGCAGAAGCAGUUUGUGGUCCAGUUCGAUGGCGAACAAGGAAUCGACGAAGGAGGAGUCAGCAAAGAGUUCUUCACGUUGUUGUUGGGCGAAAUACUCAAACCGGAUUAUGGCAUGUUCCAGUACAACGAGGACACGGGCUACCACCAGUUCAAUCCUGUGCAAUUUCAGGACACGGAGAAAGAAUAUCUUCUUCUUGGCAUGCUCUUAGGCUUGGCAAUUUACAACAGCAUCAAUUUGGACAUCAACCUUUCAACGUGCAUUUUCAAAAAGCUCCUUGGCGGCAAGGGCGAGUUCCAAGAUUUGGAAUUUGCCCACCCCGAUGUGUACCGAAAUUUAACUCAACUGCUCGAAGCUGAUAAGGAUACAGUGGAAAGUAUGUGUUUGACAUUUUCUGUCACGUUGAAAGAUAUGUUCGGCGAGCCAGUCGAGUUUGAUUUGUGCAAAAAUGGACGGGAACGAGACGUGGAUGGAUUGAACAAGUUUGAGUUUGUUGAACUCUACGCGGACUUUUUACUGAACAAGAGCAUCGAUAAAUCUUUCAAUGCGUUCCGAAAAGGGUUUUUCCUCGUGACUCAGCGUUCGCCCCUACGUGCGCUUUUCCGUCCAGAAGAGUUGGAAGCGAUUGUCAUUGGCCAACGGGAUUACGAUUGGGAUGAGCUUAAACGAACAUGCACUUAUGAUGGAGGAUUUUCAGCGGCUCACGAGAGCAUUAAAGCGUUCUGGUCGGUGUUUGACGAAAUGGACGAGGGAGAGCGACGCAAGCUAUUGGAAUUUUAUACCGGAUCAGACAAAGUGCCAGUUGGCGGUCUGGCCAGAUUGAAAACGAAAAUUCAACGGUCAGGGCCGGAUUCUGAUCGACUACCCACAGCCCAUACAUGUUUCAAUAUUCUUCUGCUUCCUGCCUACUCGGACCGAGAAAAGUUAAAAACCAAACUCUUCAAAGCGAUGGAAAACGCCAAAGGCUUCGGGAUGAUCUGA